UUAGGUUCAUGGUACAGAGGAAGGGUCACACUACCACCAGGGUCAUAAAACUACUCCUGGAAAUGCCCACAGCUCCUACGAAAGCCUUGUCAAAUGUGUGUUUCUUUAGGUUCACGGUACAGAGGAAGGGUCACACUACCACCAGGGUCAUAAAACUACUCAUGGAAAUGCCCACAACUCCUACGAAAGCCUUGUCAAAUGUGUGUUUCUUUAGGUUCACGGUACAGAGGAAGGGUCACACUACCACCAGGGUCAUAAAGCUACCCCUGGAAAUGCUCACAACUCCUACGAAAGCCUUGUCAAAUGUGUGUUUCUUUAGGUUCACGGUACAGAGGAAGGGUCACACUACCACCAGGGUCAUAAAACUACUCCUGGAAAUGCCCACAGCUCCUACGAAAGCCUUGUCAAAUGUGUGUUUCUUUAGGUUCACGGUACAGAGGAAGGGUCACACUACCACCAGGGUCAUAAAACUACUCCUGGAAAUGCCCACAACUCCUACGAAAGCCUUGUCAAAUGUGUGUUUCUUUAGGUUCACGGUACAGAGGAAGGGUCACACUACCACCAGGGUCAUAAAACUACUCCUGGAAAUGCCCACAACUCCUACGAAAGCCUUGUCAAAUGUGUGUUUCUUUAGGUUCACGGUACAGAGGAAGGGUCACACUACCACCAGGGUCAUAAAACUACUCCUGGAAAUGCCCACAGCUCCUACGAAAGCCUUGUCAAAUGUGUGUUUCUUUAGGUUCACGGUACAGAGGAAGGGUCACACUACCACCAGGGUCAUAAAACUACUCCUGGAAAUGCCCACAGCUCCUACGAAAGCCUUGUCAAAUGUGUGUUUCUUUAGGUUCACGGUACAGAGGAAGGGUCACACUACCACCAGGGUCAUAAAACUACUCCUGGAAAUGCCCACAGCUCCUACGAAAGCCUUGUCAAAUAUGUGUUCUUGA